CUUGGGAAUCUGCUGGACGAAAUCGAUGGCGGUUCCGGCGAGAAGGAAGGCGAUGCGACCGACGCCAAAUCCGAGGGCCAGGGCACACUGGCUAACUCGCUCGGCGGGCUGCUCACCUCGGCGUCCCUCGCUGCAGGUUCGGUGGCCUCCAGCUCGACAAGUGCAGCCAAGGCGCAGCUUGGUGCCAUCACAUCUUUGCUCGGCGAGGAUGAGGACGAGCCUGAGGAGCAGGUGCCCGACAAGAUACUGGGUCACUUGGCAUCAGCACAGGCGCAAAGCAGCCGACUGACGGAGCCACCUGCUCCUGAUGCCGAUGGGCACCGAACGGGCCAGGACGUCACAGCUCUGGCAACGACGGCCUCGUGCCAGCAGGAGCACAACUUCCGGACGAAGUACCCGAGGCGCCUCCCCGGCUCCCUCGGCCACCAGCGAGCUCGUGGCGGGCUGGAGCUUCGAGGAAUGAUGUUAACCUUACGUUUGGUUGCGGCGACGCUGCCAUUUACUUUGGGCCAGGACCUGUACGAGAACACGGGCUUGCUUGCCGAAUAUUUCGCGCCCACGAUUCCUGCAGAGCUUUGUGACUCCGCCAAUGGUUCUACUCAGGUGUUGACCAGCAGGCUGCCAAAUAUUGCACGGAGAGUGCUGAGGCUGGAUUUCGACAAUCGAGAUCGUUUCGAGUUAGACAGAUGCGCAUGGGAGGAGGAGAUGCAAGACGACCUGGUGUUCUCCUGCCGUGGCCAGGAAGAACUGCGAAAGAAUUUUGCCGCGCGGUACAGUGGCUAUUUAUACGUCUUUCUUCGAGGAUUUUACACCUUUGAGAUUGAAGCGGACGAUGGCUUUCGGAUGGUUCUCGGUCAUGAUGCCUGCCCUGGUAAAGGUUGUGCCACGAGGUACGAUGUUCAAAACUGGGCGAUGCAAAACAUGAGGAAAAACAGGGUUGAUGAUGGAUCCUACGGCAACCAAUGUGGGGAGUGCGCUCAAGGAAUCUAUGUGGAUUGCUUUGUCACAGACUGGGGCUGUGAGCCCUUUAGCCUCUGGCAGUUAGAGGGCGAUGGGGGUCUUUCCGGCACCUGCAAUAGCGGGCCUGUGAGACGGAGCAGCAAGCGAUGGCUCGAAGCUGGCUUGCACCCACUACGCAUCGAGUAUUUUCAACGCGGCGGAGAUGCUAAGCUGCUCUUCAGAUACUCCGGACCAGAUACACAGGAGAACAUGAUCGUCGUGCCAAGGCAGAAGUUGGGCUUCCCAAGGUACAUUGGAUUCAUGAAAGAAGUUUUCGAUGUCUCGGAGGAUGACCCGACGAUGCUGCCACCUGCUGCUAAUUUGGGCGCAGCUUACCCGAACGCAAGACUGCUCUACCGCAUGGACGACAACUUCCAGAACACAGGUCCCGGUGAAGGAGACUUGAGUGACGAGGUUGAGAUGCUGGCCCGACCGCUCUACAUCCGCUGGCAUGGCUAUUUCCUCAUUGCAAAUGGUGGCGAGUAUAUUUUUCGAAUCCGAUCGGAUGAUGGCGGCCGCCUGACCAUGGGUGGUCGGGGUCUUGGCGGAGAGUCCGCGGUUGUCACGAACGAUGGCCUGCAGGAAGGGGCCUCCACGCAGGACUUCCGGCUCUUCAUGCUGCCUGGCUUGCACCCUGUCCGGAUCGAGUUCUUCUGGAAGCCGGAUGCCAGCCCCGUCGUGUCCGUGGAACGGCCACCGGGCAUCCAGGUGCUGUACUCGGGCUUUGACACGGGUGGCUACUUCCUCUCGGUGGCGCGUGACAGAGCGGGCCGGGUCACGCAGAACGAGUUCGACUGUGAGCUAAGGCGUUUCAGCUGGGGCAAUGGCAUGUCCGUCUCGCGUGACUGCCAGGGCCGGUGCUUCGCCAGCUCGGAGGCCGUCGUCGGGGACAGGGUUUGCGACAACGGUGAGGCUGGCUCUUUCAACCUGGCAUGUGAGGAUUACAAGUUCGACAACUUCGACUGUGCACCAACAUAUCCGGUUGAGUUGCAGACCACACCGCGGCCCAGCAUCACGUGCCUGCAGUCGUGCCAAGCAGGCAACUUCAGGAGAAAGGAUUGCUCGACUUGCACUUCAACGAAUUCGGGAGGAGAUAUCUGUAUAGAGAGCUAUGACGACUACUGCCCAUCCGGAAUCAAGGAGGAUUGCACCUUCAUUACGUGCUGUGUUGCAGAGGUCAACGGCUUGAAUUAUUGGGGCAAGGAUUGCCUGGCCUUCGGCACAUCCACGAACUGUACAGGCAAGUUGCGGACGAUCUUGGAUCGAAUCCAGCAAACGCCCUUACUGCUGGAUGCAAGCUCUGCCUACGAUCCCAUCAUCCCCAGGCCUCCGCCCACUGGGCGUCUCACGAACGAGUGCUAUCAAAGCAAUUGCAACACCAUCAGCGAGGAAUACAUCGUCAACCAAUUCACCGGCUUUCAGACCGACCAGCGCGUCUGCCCCGUCGAAGAGUCUCCGGAUCGCGGGUUUGAGUGCUUUAUCGGCCCGUUUGAGACAGAUGGGGUCACGGACGUGUUGCAGCAGUGCCAGAACGGGAGAUUCCAGUGGAACUUCUGUCUGAAUCGGAAGACGAUCGAUGGCAGACCGCACACGGCGUGUUGCAGCUUUCUGUACCUGAAUUCUCGUCAAGGAGUUGAAUGUCGCAUGAUGGGCGUCGCACAGGGUACGUGUGCGAGUCUUCUGGAGGAGUUGACACGAAACUUGAGCACCAGCACCUACACGAUGAUCACCAAUGGCCAGGUCUUGAAAUCAUGCUCCACGGACGGCUGCAACAAUCCGGACGAUGAGAUUGCAGGCUGUCCGGCUAUGGUGGACAGGGCGCCGGCCGUGACAGAUGGAAUAAGGACCACCGGCGAACCGACCAGGGAGGAGAUCUUGGAAGGCUCUGUGGUUCGCCCGCCGGAGCCGCCGCCCUGGGGCCUCAUCGGAGGACUGUCCUCGAUCCCCUUCGCCAUGGUUUGCAUCGCCAUGGCCCUGAGCAAGGCCGGCGUCUUCAAGGAGGCGAUCGAGCCGCUGUUCCACAGCAGCAAGGCAACCGUGGAGCCACAGAAGGAUCUCAUGACCAGUGGAACCAAAGGCAUGGACCAGAAUCUGACCUAUGGUCGGGUCGAACCGCGUCCCCUUGGCCUCAGGAACCAACUGGAUAAUGUCAAGGCUCUCCCGCUGGCGCUGAAGCAGAAAGCUGAGACGGCCGUGCCGGAGGCAGCCAAUGCUGCUUGGGUGGAUGCCAUUGUUGCGGAGGCCACUAUCCAGCAGGUGACGCCGGACCAGAUCCAUCCACUGCCCGAUGUUUUGGAGGGAACCACCUACACAGGUGAAGGUGCGAUCUGUCUACCUGAGGACCAGGGCGUGCUUCCAGGGGAAUAG